UUGUUUAUAUAUCAAUUUCUCUAUACUUUUAGAUACUUUUAUUGAUAAUUAGACGAUAGAUGGCGUAAUGUUUAAAGAAGCGGCUUAUUGAAUAAGUGUUGUAUGAAGUUUAGUUUGUAGCGACUUGUCUUUCGGCGCGGUUUGAUGAAACGUUGAAAGUGGAGAUUAUAUGUAGACCUUGAAAAUGUAAUAUUAACCACUGACUGACCUUGGCACUUGAAGAACUUUGAAUUUUUUCAUUCAUCUAUAAAAACUAGUCAAUAUAGAAAAGAUGAGAAGAAAGAGAAAAGCUACAGAGGAUGUUUCUGAAAUAGUUGAUCGUGAUGUAAAUUCACAUGCUAAUAACGUUAAAUCCAAAUGUAAAACCCCUGUUAAAACAUUGGAAACUGCCAAAACAACAAAAAUCAUUGUUGGAAAUGAUGAUAAUGAUAAAACAUUACACAAAAAUCAAAGAAAAACUAAAAAGAAUGUGUCAGAAAGUCCUAAAACACGUAAAAGUAACACUCCGAGAAGAGAUGCAACUAUAAUUCAAAAUAAAAAAGAACAAGUUAAAGAAACUAAAAAAAAGAAAGCUUCUGAUUCUAAUUCUAACACAAAGAAAAAGAAAGCUCUUGAAGCCAAAGCAAGUUUACUAGAAAAACCAAACAACCAUAAAAAAACCAAACAAAAAUUAAAAAUUACUGAGGAGGAUGGCAGAGAUGGUUUAGACCAAGUAGAUAUACCUCAAGAAAAACAAGAACAAGUGGAAAGAGAUGAAAAUAACAGCAUUGACGAUUUCAAUUUACCAAAGAAUAAAAGAAAAAAUGUUAAAAAUAAAAAAUGUCCUAUCAGUAAUUCUAAAAAUAAUGUCAAAAUGAAGACAUUAGUUAGUUCUAACAGUCAAAACAAUGAUGAAAUCAGUAAAGAGAGAGAGGAUAAAGAAAGUGAAUCUUCUGAAAGUGAAUGGGAAGAAGUGGAAGAAGCAGAAAAUGAGAUGGAUUUAGAUGAUUAUAAACCAGAUAUACCCAAAGAAGGUGUAGAAAUCACAUUAAAUGUCUCAGAUUCUUGGAAAUAUCGGAAAAGAAAGAAGAAAGAAAUUGAGUUUAUCGAUGUCAUUCGUAGAGGAGUGAAUCGUUUUAGGAAGAACAUACAAAUAGAACUGCAUAAAGUGCAUCUCUUAUGCCUUCUCGCUCACGGAUUUUAUAUAAAUCGUUUACUUUUAAAUAAAAAUAUGUUAGCAUUGAUAUUUUCACAUAUUCCUAUUGAUUUUAAUGUAAAUAGUAAAGCUGAUAAAAGUGAUAUUUCCAAAACUGUUGAAUGGUAUAAAGAAUAUUUUGAUUAUGACUUCAGUUUUGAAACUUCAGCUAAAAAUAUCAGAGUUAGCAUUGAAAAUGCUAUUGAAAAAAGCAAAAUUACUAGCAGGAGAGAUUAUAAUAUGAUAUUUUUAUUGUUAAUUCGUUCUUUGGGAUUGGAAGGGAGACUUUGCUUGUCACUUUAUCCUCUUCCAAUUAAAUCAGAUAAUCUUUUGCAAAAUAAAAAUAAACUGAAUACUAAGAACUCAGAAUGUAAAGAAAGCAACAAUGAAAAUGAAAAUAAGCCAAAAUCUUGUAGAAACAGGAAUAAAAAAUUAGCUGAAAAUAAAAAUGUUAGUGUUAAGUCUGAUAUAAAAACAGAAAAAAGUCCAAAAAAUACAAGAAAUAAAACUAAAUCACAGAAAAGCAGACAAGUUCCAAAAGAAUCUGAUAGUGACAGUGAUUUUGAAUCUACUAAUACUCAAAGAACUUAUACACUUAGAAAAAAUAAAAAGAUAAGCAUGAAAGAAACAGAUAGUGAUGGCGAUCUUGAUAAUAAUGGUAGCGAGAGCAGUAGUGACGAUUUUUCUAUAGAGGAAAAAAGAUCAAGAACGUCCACUAAAGUUAGAAAAUCCUGUGAUAGAUCAGAAACAAAUGAGUCGAGCUCGUCAAAAAAAUCCUCAAAAACAAAGAUGCCACAUACAAAAACAAUAGAUUCUGAUGACGAUAUUAAAGUUAUUUCAAAAUACAAUGGCAUAGAAUAUUGGUUAGAAAUAUAUUCAAAAAGUGAAGAUAGAUGGAUUUGUGUGGAUUGUGUAAAUAACAUUAUUGACAAACCAUACAAAUUAGAAGCACGUGCUAGACAGCCCAUAACAUAUGUUUUAGCCUUUGAUGAUAAAAAUUACGUUAAAGAUGUUACAAAAAGAUAUGCAUCAAAUUGGAUGACUAAUGUUAGAAAAUUACGAAUAGAUUCAGAUUGGUGGAAUAAAACUUUGUUGCCAUUUAUGUUACGUAAUUCUGAACAAGAUGAGAAUGAAAAUAAACAGCUUGAUCAAGUGAUGCUUGAUCAACCAUUUCCUAAAACAAUUGACAAAUUCAAGGAUCACCCACUGUAUGUUUUGAAACGUCACUUACUGAAAUUUCAAGCAAUAUAUCCUCCAGAUUCUCCAUCUUUGGGGUUUGUUCGAGGUGAACCCAUUUAUGCCAGAGAAUGCGUACAUACAUUACAUUCAAGAGAGACUUGGUUAAAGCAGGCGAGAGUUGUGCGCAUUGGAGAAGUUCCUUAUAAAAUUGUAAAAGCGAGACCAAAAUGGAAUAAGAUGAAAGGUGAAUUAGAUCAUGAUCUUCCUCUAGAAAUUUUUGGUAUUUGGCAGACAGAAAAGUAUGUUUCACCACCUGCAGAAAAUGGUAAAGUUCCAAGAAAUGAAUAUGGAAAUGUUGAUCUUUAUCAGCCAAGCAUGCUUCCUGCAGGAACUGUACAUAUUCAACUUCCAGGACUUAUUAGAAUAGCUCGAAAGCUGAAUAUCGACUGUGCUGCAGCUAUGGUUGGAUUUGAUGGAAAUUGGGGGCAUUCACAUCCAGUUUUUGAUGGUGUGGUUGUAUGUGAAGAAUUUCGUGAUGUGUUAAUUGCUGCUUGGGAAGAAGAUCAAGAAAUUCAACAGCAACGUGAGAAAGAAAAAAGAGAGAAAAGAAUAUAUGAUAAUUGGAAACGUUUAAUCAAGAAAUUAUUAGCAAAAGAAAAAAUUAAGAACAAGUAUUGCUUAAAUUAGAUGUGAAUUUUUAUUCAAAAUUAAAAGUUCAGGUUUGUUUUUAUUGUUUUACAUCAAAUGUAUAAAAUCUUGUUAAUAAA